UUCGGAGGUGAGCUAGUUGAACGUUGGAAGUCAGUUUCUAGAGCCGUAAGCCCGAGGCCUUCCCCUUCCCGGAGCGCACAGAGUUUUAAGGAGGAAGCCCUGGGAAGCCACUCACCAUCAGAGGCCGCUGGGGCUGAGACUGCGCCAUCGUCACUGUCGGCGGCCAUGACACGGAGGGCCCCUCGCCGGAGUGGUGUGUGGGGGUACGCGGGGCUUCCGCUUCGUUUCUCCGCGCGGCUUCUGCUGUAGGGAUCGGGGCGGGGCCUGCCCCCGCCCCUAGUCGCAGACGGGUCUGACUUCCGUUCACACGACCCGGGUCUGGCGCGGAGGAAGUGUCCCAGCGCGCGCUUGGACCUCUUUGGCUGGCACAGCGUGGGUUGGAGCCACGCCCUCUGGCGUGCGUCGGACGCCGGGCCUUGGAGACUGCGCGGGAGGCCAUCAUGAAGAAGCCACGAACCGCUGUGAGGAGUUGUCGCCAGAAGCAGGCAUCUGGCCAUAAGGGAAGGGAGAAGCAGGUCCUUAGCAGCAGCCAGGUCAAGCCUUCUACCCCUGAUGGCUUGGCCAGGCGGCAGAAGGAGGUGGUAUUACGGGCCUCUGUCUCCCCAUACCAUCUAUUCAGAGACACAGCCGAGGUCACAGUCUUUCGGGAGAACCUUCUGAGCUGGUACGACCGAGAGAAACGGGACCUGCCCUGGAGAAGGCGGGCAGAGGGUGAGGUGGACCCUGACAGGCGGGCGUAUGCUGUGUGGGUCUCAGAGGUCAUGCUGCAGCAGACCCAGGUUGCCACGGUGAUCGACUAUUAUACCCGAUGGAUGCAGAAGUGGCCAACGCUGCAGGACCUGGCCAGUGCAUCCCUGGAGGAGGUGAACCAGCUCUGGGCUGGCCUGGGCUACUACUCUCGAGGCCGGCGGCUGCAGGAGGGAGCCCAGAAGGUGGUAGAAGAGCUAGGGGGCCAUGUGCCACAUACAGCAGAGACUCUGCAGAAGCUUCUGCCUGGCGUGGGGCGGUACACAGCUGGAGCUAUUGCUUCCAUUGCCUUUGGUCAGGCAACUGGUGUGGUAGAUGGGAAUGUAGUACGGGUGCUGUGCCGUGUCCGAGCCAUUGGUGCUGAUUCCGGAAGCACCUUUGUCUCCCAGCAGCUCUGGAGCUUAGCCCAGCAGCUGGUAGACCCAGCCCGGCCAGGGGACUUUAACCAAGCAGCCAUGGAACUGGGGGCCACAGUAUGCACCCCACAGCACCCACGCUGCAGCCAGUGCCCUGUGCAGAGCGUGUGCCGGGCACACCAGAGGGUGGAGCGGGAACAGCUCGUAGCCUCACAGAGCCUGCCAGGCAGUCCUGAUGUGGAGGAGUGUGCUCCCAGCGCUGGACAGUGCCAGCUGUGUGCGCCUCCCACAGAGCCCUGGGACCAGACCCUGGGAGUGGCCAACUUUCCCAGAAAGGCCAGCCGGAGGCCCCCCAGGGAGGAGUGCUCUGCCACCUGUGUUCUGGAGCAGCCCAGGGCCCUUGGGGGUGCUCGAAUUUUGCUGGUGCAGAGGCCUAAGUCAGGUCUGCUGGCAGGACUGUGGGAGUUCCCAUCUGUGACUGCAGAGCCCUCAGGGCAAUGUCAGCGUGAGGCCCUGCUGCGGGAACUACAGAGUUGGGUUGGGCCCCUCCCAGCCACCCACCUCCAGCACCUUGGGCAGGUGGUCCACACCUUCUCUCACAUCAAGCUGACAUAUCAAGUAUAUGGUUUGGCCCUGGAAGGGCAGAUCCCAGUGACCAUCACACCACCUGGAGCUCGCUGGCUGACCCGGGAGGAGUUUCACACCGCAGCUGUCUCCACCGCCAUGAAAAAGGUGUUCCGUGUGUACGAGGGCCAACGGCCGGGGACCUGCAAGGGUUCCAAAAGAUCCCAGGUGUCUGCUCCAUCCACUCAGAGAAAGCCCAGCCCAGGCCAGCAAGUCCUGGAUAGUUUCUUUCAGCCCCACCACCCCACUGAUGUAUCCAGCCUCAACAGUAUGGCGCAGUGACACCGCUGGAGCCCCUACUUCUUGAGAAUCCUGUUGUUUAAUAAAGUGCUUAUUUUUGUAGUCA